AUGGAUCCCGGCCCCUCCAACCCUGCGGGCCGCGCUGGCCCGCAAAAGUCCAAGAAGGCGGCGGGCAAGGGCAAGCAGGAGGCAAAGAGCCUCACCGGGCAUCACUCCCAAGAAGCCCUCGACAAGCAGUCGAACUCCAUCGGCCGCUCCACUGCCACGCCAAAGACGCUCGCCCUCGCCAACCCGACGUCGCUCAAGGAUGCCAAGGCGCCAAAGAAGUUUGAUCAGAUCCGCGACAAGAAGCUCCGCGCCCAGAUGGCCAAGCAGCACCUCUCGCAGAAGCGGGCCGUCGAGAGCGCAAAGCUAGCCAACGAGUACCUCCACGCCUCUGCACCAGGAGAGGGCGCGGGAAUGAUCGAGACCGAGGGCGACCUGGAGCGGACGCACCGGGUCACCCAGCGCGAGAUCAAGGAGUCGGUCGGCAUCGAGACCGCAAGGAAGGCGUUUGAGCUCCGCCUCGACGGCGGCAAGAACGGCACGGGGCUUGGACCUUACCGGUGCGACUACACGCGGAAUGGGCGGCAUCUGCUGCUCGGCGGUCGCAAGGGCCACCUCGCCGCCUUCGACUGGCAGAGCGGCAAGAUGUCGUGCGAGAUCCAGGUCAAGGAAACGGUGCGCGACGUCAAGUGGCUGCAUAACUCCAACUUCUUCGCAGCGGCGCAGAAGAAGUACACGUUCAUCUACGACUCGCAGGGCAUCGAGAUCCACAAGAUGAAGCACCACAACGAGGUCAACCGAAUGGAGUUCCUGCCCUACCACUUCCUCCUCGCUACGGUCGGCAAUGGCGGCUGGCUCAAGUACCAGGACACCUCGGUCGGCAACCUGGUCGUGCAGCACCGGACGGGUCUCGGCGCCUGCAACACGAUGGCACAGAACCCGCUGACGGCCGUCAUCCAUCUCGGCCAUUCUAACGGCACGGUGACGCUGUGGACGCCCAACCUGAGCACGCCCGCGGUCAAGCUGCUGGCGCACCGGGGCCCGGUGACUGGCAUCUCGAUCGACACGCGCAACGGCGGGCGCGAGAUGGUGACGAGCGGGCUGGACGGGAGCAUCAAGGUGUGGGACUCGCGGAUGCUUGGCCGGGGGCCGAGGCGCGAGUGGAUCAGCCGCAAGCCGGCCACCGACGUCCAGUACAGCCAGCGCGGCCUGCUCGGAGUCGGGUGGGGCGCACACGUCAGCGUCUACGAUACCAAUGCGCCGCUGGGCAACGCGCCGCCGGGCCCCUACAUCACCAACGGCUUCCCGCGCAGCGAGCCGCUCCAGGUGCGCUGGUGUCCGUUUGAGGAUGUUCUUGGCGUGGGCCACCUCGGCGGAUUCACGAGCCUCAUUGUGCCGGGAGCGGGAGAGCCCAACUUUGACUCGAGCGAGGCGGACCCCUUCGAGACCAAGAACAAGCGCAGGGAGAGGGAGGUGCACGCGCUGCUGGACAAGAUCCAGCCGCAGAUGAUCACGGUCGACCCCGACGUCAUCGGGUCGCUCACCUCGUCGCACGACCACCUCUCCGAGUCGGUGACCCAAGGAGCCGCCGCGCGGCUGGCGGGCGCGCGAGGUCAGAUUGCCAAGGCGGCCGACGGCACGCCGUACGCGCGGCUCUCGCGCGUGGAGCGGCUGGCGCUCGACAACAAGGGCGGCUACGAGGGUCUCGACGACGGGGACGAGGAUAUGGCCGAGGGCGCCGACGAGGAGCUCGACGUGAUGAAGGGGACCGGCGCCGUCAAGCCGGGGGCGGACCAGCCCAGGAAGAAGAAGGAGGCCAAGAAGGCCCGCGGCCGGAACAGCACGAUGAAAAAGUACCUGCGCAAGCAGCAGAAGAAUGUCAUUGACCCAACCAAGCUCGCCAUCAAAGCCAAGCUGGAGCGGCGGAAGGCGGAGAGAGAAGCCGAAAAGGCGCGCCAGGCGGCGGGCGGAGACGGCGGCGACGACGGCCAACCGCGGAGCGCGCUCGAUGUGUUUACGAGGAAGAGACAGUGA